UUCAGGUAAAUAUCAGCCGCUACCGAAUGCACCCAGCUUUUGUGAUUCUACUGAUUGCUGCCAUCUUUACAAAGGAGACCACAGCUCAAUACUUUCCAUAUUAUCCAUAUAUGAGAGGUUAUCCAGGAUAUGGCAUGUACAGGCCAAUGUACGGUGGUUACUACGGUGGUUAUGGAUAUGGAUAUCCAAGAUAUGGAAUGGGUGGCAUGAUGGGCGGUGGUGCAGGCCCACUGGGAUCAGCAAUGCGGGGUGCUCUCAGAGGAGCUAUGAUAGGAGCAAUGAUGGGAAAAUAGAAAGCAGGGUAGUUGCGGACACCAGGUUAUAGAGGCAACCUCCAUUAUCCUUAUUCGGCACUUUUUCGUCGUAAAGUUAUGUAGUGUAAUUCUGUUGAAAAUUUUAACUCUUGGUAAAGUCUACUGAUACAGUCAUCUUGCUGAGACACCUUUGAAGAAAGUCAAAACUAUAACUAUCACCAUUUAUACGGCAAUAACCUGCGUACAUCGUAUAAUAAGAAUUGCAACUGUUAAUGCAAUGCUGACAAUAAAAGCUCUACA